AUGUCUGCAUUUGCACGCUUUUUUGAUGAAGCCAACGUUGUGGAGCCGAAAGUGGCCGGCCUGUAUGACCUUGGACCAACAAUCGGACGAGGCCAUUAUGCAGUGGUCAAGGUCGCUCAACACGUUUUCACUGGCGAAAAGGUGGCUGUCAAGGUGAUUGACAAGACCAAGUUGGACGCUCCCUCUCGUGAACAUCUCUUCCAGGAGGUGGUUUGUAUGAAACUAGUCCAACAUCCAAAUGUAGUUCGAUUGUACGAAGUCAUUGACACUGUAAAUAAACUCUACCUCAUUCUUGAACUAGGCGACGGAGGCGACCUCUAUGAUUACAUCAUGAAGCACGAGCAUGGCCUGUCGGAGAAGUUGGCGAAAAGAUACUUCCGUCAGAUUGUCACCGCCAUCUCCUAUUGUCACAAUCUGCAUGUGGUUCAUCGCGACCUCAAACCUGAGAAUGUUGUUUUCUUUGAACAGCUCGGUGUGGUGAAGCUGACUGACUUUGGAUUCAGCAAUCAAUUUGUCCCUGGAAAGCAACUUGACACAUUCUGUGGUUCUCUAGCUUAUUCCGCUCCUGAAAUCCUACUUGGAACUAAGUAUGACGCUCCAAAGGUUGAUAUCUGGUCACUGGGAGUGAUUCUCUUUAUGCUAGUUUGUGGCAGGCUUCCUUUCGAUGAGGCGAAUGACAGUGAGACGCUUACAAAAAUCAUGGAUUGUGAAUAUCAGCUGCCACCUCAUCUUUCUUCCGAGUGUUGUUUGCUCAUUUCCCGACUCCUUAUUCGUGAUCCAUCGAAGAGAGCAACGCUCGAUGAAGUACUACAGGACGAAUGGCUUCAAAUGGCUGGUGAUGAACUUCCAAUUGGGCUAUUUUCAGUUCCCUUGAUUUCACAACAGCACCUUCAAUUUGAAGAUCACAUGGAAAUCCUCAACAAGAUGGCCUCGGGAGGAUUGGCUACUGUUGAUGAGAUCCAACAAGCACUCGAUCGCAAUGAAUACUCCCACAUUUCCGCCACCUACUUUCUCCUUGCUGAGCGUAAGUUGAAGAGAAAUUAUAUUGAGGAGUAUAAAAUUCUCUCAGCUCAAGCUAAAGCACUAGAACAGACAUUGAGCCUUUCGCAGAAAACCCAAUUACCAACUCCUGUAGAACAGUCAGAGAAAUCACAGACUCGACCGGCUGUCCUUCCGAAGUCAAUCUCGGCUUCUUUGGCAGCCUCUGGAGCCGAAGAGCGUCUGAGACGAUUUUCGAUGAUUCUAGAAGACGAGGAAGAGAAUGACGAUACACCUCCGAUUUCUGCCGUGGGAGUCUGUGGAAUUGAUCAUCGUCUUGCCGAUGAAAUCAACUUCCAUGAAACAUCAGAGGAAGCAUUACUACACGAAGAACAGGAGGAGUUUGAAGCUGUAGCUAGCCUCGCUUGUGUUCGAUCGGAACUUCUAUCUGAACACGAAAGCAGUGACACCGGUGCGACGUCCGAUAUUCAGGCUCUAGAUCUCGAACCGACUAGGUAUUUCACUCGACCGAAUUCCAGAGCAGACUUAUCUGAACGCGUUGGUUCGGAGACUUCUUUGAAUACCGGUGGAGUGGCAAGUAUAGCUGGUGACGCAGGUCGACGUUCUGUUUCUUCUAUAUUCACUUCUCGUCAUUUCAGACUCCCCAGGACUUCACUUCGACCCCUGAUAUCCGUUAAAAGUAGCCCGCAAUUACUUGAUUACAUUGCUGAGGAAGAAGGCUGUGAUUGGAAAAUUCCAUUGGAAAGUGAAGAGCUCCCCUCUAAACGUCCACUCGCCUCGCACCUUCCAACUGCCAAGCAACCCAAUCGAGCGUUAAAUGCCAAUCGGAAAUCGAUGAGCUCGAUCUAUGCCAAUCGGGGAUCCAUUCCACGGGCAAGAAGUCCGCCAACUUGGUCAAAUCGCAAGUUUUAUACCGGUUCAGCGGCAAGUUUCAGUGCGAGCAACUCGCGACCAGUUAGUGGUGUGAAUAUGUGGCCAGCGGUCGAUAGAAAGUGGCGUCAGUCUCCGUCAACAACAGGGAAUAUAUUUCUCGCUUCUCGAUACACUCCAAGUAAUAAUAUGAUCCGACCUUCGAACUCGAAUUGUGUGCGAGAUCAUAGGCGCCGUAGUGGUCCCCCGAGUUUUUCUGUUCUUACACAGGGGAAUAAUGCUCUUACGCCGGCGCAUAUGAGCCUCCUUCGAAUGAGUUUGAACUUCACCACCGGCCGGACGUCUGCGGAAUGCUCCGAACGAGAUCCGCUUCCGCCUAAACCGCUUCACCUCGAACCCGCUUUGGAAGAGUCGGUGCAGAAAGAGGAGCCUGAACCGCCUAAUUGUGGACGAUUCAGUGUCUCCUGUCAGUCAGCUCCUAAUAUUCUCGACCAUCUCUUCAUUAAACCACCUGUUACAACGGAAAUUUGUGCACCAAUUCGAGAAGAGGAAGAUGAGAAUAAGACCCAUAGUCCUUCAAAGGAUGAAUUAGGCCUGAAUCCAUCACCUCCUCAGGCUUCUCGUAUUGCGAAAACCUCCCCAGCUAUUUUAACUGGUCACCGAUUGUCUGCUGUUUGGUGUAAUGGAGCUCCAACCUCUGGUCGUGUACCCAAUCGCCAGCAGAACGGUCUCACGUCUUCUAAUUUCUCUCUUGCUUCUUUGGCUAGCAGUAUCCGAGAUUCCAGACACAUUGUUGAUGUUCUAAGGGGGACCUAUGAACUUCAACUCCAAUCCAAACAACGAACUGGAGGCUUCCCACGAAUUUCCACGGGCUCGAGUUUGGAUGGGUUGCCACCUCCCCCUUCAACUUCAUCUUUGGUAAGAAGCUUGAAUCUUGGGAUCCAACCGGGAGUGUCUGUUUCUGCGAACGCCUCUUUACGACGUCCACGGCAGAAUGCUGCACAACCAGCGCUUCGACAAUCCUCUGCCUCUCCACCACGAAUCGCAACAGUUCCAUCUGCGAGUGUGUUCAAGGAAAAGAAUUCCCCAACACCAAAUGACGACGCAGUGGCUAGAUAUGCCAACUCUUCGUCGCGUUCUAGUGAUUCCAUACGCGUAGUUAAUUCCUUCUUCUAUAUUCCCUCGUCGACAACCUCACUGAACAAUUCACUUACUCUCGCCACGACUUCAACAACGCUGAACACGAAAGUCGACGGAUCUUUGCCUCCACCACCUUCUUCCCAGAUCUCAGGCCAGCCUACAAUUCCGGAGGAGAGCACUCUUAAGUCCUCUAAGUUAUUUGCAAUUCCGAAAGCGAAAUUGUAUUCCUUUUAUGAGAGUUCUGCAGCUAGAACAACUCGGCCCCAUUUCGGAUUGAAACGGGGUCUGAGAAAGCCUAGAAAAAGAAGCGGCAGUGGUUCUGGGGGAAGAAAUGAGAAUUCUUCCAGUUGCUGUCACAUUUCUUAG